AUGAGUUCAACAACGACGACACAGGUGUGCAAUGGUCUUCCGGCCCUGGUCACUCGUUCGGAUUCGGAGACGCCGAACGGUGGCUGCCCGGAGGAACUGACUGCUCUCAACGCGUCUUGCACUUGCAUCACGGGCUACGAGGAGACCGACAGCUCGUGGGUUUUCCACGUCACGACCGAGUCGUGGAACUCGACCACAACCACGACUACCCGUGCAACGACGCAGACGUCGUCGGAUGAGUUGGCUAUCAACACCAUCCGACCCAUCUGGGUGUCCUCCAGCCUCGAGACGCUGGAAAUUGAAGGAGCUGGAGAAUCUCCGGCUGCGAUCACGUUCAUCGACGAGAACCGCGUGGCCUCGAGCUCUUCGCUGACGCUUGUGCGGUCGACGAGAAACUCCACCAACAUCUCGACGCUGUCGAUUUACAACAUCGACCUUAACUCGGUGGCAAAGCAGAACUCGGACUUCGUGCCCGCCACCGUGACGAACCUGACGCUGAGAAACUGCAACAUAUCGAAGCUCGGUAGCAGCUUCACGCGCGAGUGGAGCUGGAUCCAGUACCUCGACUUGUCCUCGAACAGCAUCAACACGGAGUAUGUGGGCGGUGCUGCGCUCAAGGAGCUCAAUAUGUCGCACAACGCGCUCGCGGUGUUCCCUGCGGCGACUCUGAACUCGAGCGGCUUGGAGGCGCUGUACAUCCAGGGCAACGAUAUCGCGGACUUUAACGUGAGCCAAGACCAGUUCAAGCAGAUCCAGGGGCUCUCGGCCUUCACAACAGACCAGCCAAGCUCUGCUUCGACCUGCGAAGGCGGUGCCUGGCAGUCGGCUCACGGCACAACCUUCUGCGUGCUUGGCGCGUCCACGGCUGCAGCGCCCGACUCGGCUCAAUCCGCUGGAUCAAACAGCGAUGACGACCAUGGUGGACUCGGUCUGUUGGGUUACUGGCUCAUCGCGGGGGCUAUCAUCGUCUUCUUCCUGCUUCUGCUGGUGAUCUGGCAGCGUCGUCGUCACAACCACGAACGGGGCAGCAGCCCCAUCGUGUCGCCCGAGGCCGUUGAGCCCACUACCCCCAAGUACAACGCGGACGCCGCUUUCGGUGAUGCCCUGAACCGCGACGCCGCUGCUGUGGCCCCUGCUGUGGCUGGUGCUAAAGCUGGUGGCUCUGGAGCGAAAGCUGUUGGCGCUAACGCGUACCCCGGGUACGGACGUUCACACGGCAACAGCGUUGACAGCGAGGACACGGCGCUCGGCGUGAGUUUGGCGAGCAAUCCGAUCUUGGCUGCGUGUCGCCUUGACUACAAUGAAGUGACGCUGGGUCGCUGCAUCAGCCGCGGUGGGUUUGGACUCGUGUUUGUUGGCAGCUAUCGGGGACGACAGGUUGCGGUGAAGAAGAUCCGCAACGAACGCGACGUCGAGCGUGAACAAGUCGAGCAGUUCGUGCGUGAGAUCUCGCUCAUUUCCGGGCUGAACCACCCGCGCAUCGUCGAGUUCAUCGGCGCGUGCUGGACGACGCCCGCCGAGCUGUCGGCCGUCACGGAGUUGAUGGAGCGCGGUGAUCUGCGCGAUGUCACUAGACGAUUCAAGCGCCGUGGCUACCGUCUCACAUGGGAGGCCCACAAGACUGUCAUCGCGCUGCACAUUGCCGAAGCUUUGACGUAUCUCCAUGGGCUUAGUCCGACGGUGAUCCACCGCGACUUAAAGGCCAAGAACGUGCUGCUGAACGCCGACAUGGAGGCCAAGCUCAGCGACUUCGGCAUCGCUCGGGAACGCAGCUUCUACGACGGCAGCGAGCACAUGACGGUGGGCAUCGGCACGUCGUUCUGGAUCGCCCCGGAGGUGCUGCUGGGUCGGGACUACGACGAGCGCGCCGACAUCUACUCGUUCGGCGUUGUGCUCUCCGAGAUCGACACAGACGACUACCCGUACUGGAACGCGCAGCACCCGCCGCAGGGCAAGGUGCAGGAGAACGAGAUCCUCCGCCUCGUGGCUCGUGGCGCCAAGCGUCCGGCCUUCUCGGACGACUGCCCGCCCGCCAUCCUUGAACUUGCUGCUCGUUGCCUGCGCGCCGACCCGGAAGAGCGUCCGAGCGCCUCGGAGAUCGUGGUGUACCUGCAGCAGUUGGUGCAAGACCGCAACUCGAGCGCGUCCUUCUCCUCCAUGGUGCGACCUGGCAGCUUGUUCGACUUCAACACCCGCAGCACCAACAACAGCUCGCCGUCUCGCACAGCACCAGCCAACACCAUCGUGAACUUGCGUUCCUCCGGCCAAGCACAACAGAGUCAGGCUAUGGCAAUGCCAUCGUCGGCCGCCGCAGCCUACGCCGCUGGACGACGCACCAAGAAGACCACAACAACUACCACAACUACAACGUCGGUUGCCUCUGGUGCUUCUGGGUCCCGCCCGACAGCAGCUGAAGCUCUUGCGCCGGCACACGAAGUGGUCGUGUCUUCACCACAAGUGACUCACCAAGUGGUGCGAACCAAGCUGCCUGCAAAGGGCAAGCGAACCACGACCACCACGACUACAACCACAACGCGGCGCGCCGAACAGGGAACUACCAGCGGUACGACCGGCGGGAACUUCAUUGCGGCGGGCAGCUCGGGUGGAGACAGCAGCGGUCGGAGCUUCGGCAGCGAGAGCGUUCCGUCGAGCCAAAGCCACGCCGGACUUCCGUACGCGGGCCCCACGUCGCCCGCCAGCCUUCGCGCCAACCACCAGGCGGCGAUGGAUAAUUUAAACCAGCAGCGACAGUUGAGCUCUUCGAGUGGAGAAGAGAAGCACGACACCGCAGCCGUCGACAUCGAUCGCCGAGGAGAGAGGUGGGUCGUGUACGAGGAUCUCAAGGAGCUGUAG